AUGCGACAUUUAGAAAGUGAAGCCGCUAAAUGUCGCAAGCUCACUGAAAUGUUCAGCAGCAUAGCCGGCAGCAGCACUGAGGCACAAGUUGACGUUAGCAGCAGCAUCCAAGAAGUUAGCAGCAUGAGUGAAGAAGAGAGAGUUGAGGCGAGCCGGACAGUUGUGCAGCCUCAGCAUGGUAGGGUCACAUGUGAUGAUGAGGGACAGAGAGAUGAGCUGGUGGAAGUUCAGGGCUGGAACUUGACAUCAGAGAGGGAGAAAGAGAGUUACUUGCUGGUUGAUUUUAACCCCUUCGAUCUUACCAAGGUUUGGUCUCACAAAGAGUACCCUCUGAUCCCUGUGGGCAAACUGGUGCUCAAUAGGAACCCAAUGAACUACUUUGCUGAGGUGGAGCAACUCGCCUUCGAUCCCAGCAACAUGCCACCAGGCAUCGAGGCCAGCCCAGACAAGAUGCUGCAGGGCCGUCUCUUCUCCUACCCAGACACGCAUCGACACCGGUUGGGAGCUAACUACCUGCAGCUCCCUGUCAACUGUCCAUUCAGGAGCCGUGUGACCAACUACCAGCGCGAUGGUCCGAUGUGCAUGUUUGACAACCAAGGUGGAGCCCCAAACUACUAUCCCAACAGCUUCAGUGCUCCUGACACCCAGCCUCAGUUUGUGGAGUCCAAGUUCAAGGUGUCUCCAGAUGUGAGCCGUUACAACAGUGCAGAUGAGGACAAUGUCACACAGGUUCGGACCUUCUACACCGAGGUGUUGAAUGAGGAGGAGCGGGAGAGGCUUUGCAGUAACAUGGCUGGUGCCCUGAAAAGAGCCCAGCUCUUCAUCCAAAAGUGCAUGGUUGAGAACUUGAAGGCUGUCCAUCCAGACUAUGGAAACCGGGUUCAGAAUCUUCUCAACAAGUUCAAUAAUGAGGCCCAGCAGAACACACCCGUGCAUGUCUACAGCCGUCCAGGAGUCUCGGCCGUCGCCGCAUCCUCCAAGAUGUGAUGCCUUAAAUUUCCAGAAGGGGCAGCACCCUCAUGUAUCGCAGAGCAAAUGCACUUCUUGAUUAACAACUGCUACUAAGAGUAACGAGAUUGGACUAAACAAUUAGUAGAAUGACGAGACUGAAACACCGACUUGUAAUGUGAGGGUUGUGUUUUUUCGUUUUUUUUUCAUUCAGUCCAUCCAAACAGUUGAUUUUCCUCAAAAUCCUCAAAGCUUUCAAUAUUCAGCAGAUUCUUUAUCUCUGUCAUUUGUCUUGAUUGAACACUAAUUUCAAAAACAGAUGAAGUUGUUAUUUUUUACAGACUGAAACAAAGACCACUAUGGUAACUAAUGUUAACUAGAUCGAGUACUGCAUGACGAAAUGGAGGGCUUGCCUUUGACCAAAUAUGGCCUCAAUGCUAAUGUUUGUUUGUUUUUAAAUAUAGGUGUGAUUGGAGUUUCAAGUUCAACCUCAGCUUCUUCCAUGUACCAGGAUGAGUGAUUAUUUCUUAGGUUAUGUUUGUAUGUUGGAUUGAUUCAUCUCUCUCCAAAAAUAAAUCCAAAUCAGCUAUUCUGUUAGUCUUCUUUUAACAUUCACAUGUGAUUCAAUGUGUGACAUAUUCAGCAUUAAUCUCCAAUCAGGUUGUAAAAUACAUUGAUUUUUUUAUGUAGUGUUGGCACAUGCCAACUGCAAGAAGCAGUAUUUUUAUUUUUCACUGCAGGCAAUCAUAAGCGUUGGCUUGUUUUCCUCACGAUUGACUGAACCUCAAAAAUCAUUGCAUUCUUCAUGAGAAGAACUUUCAAACUGAAAUGAUUUUUCUGUUUGAUCUGGGGGUGUUUGUGGGCGCAUGCAUGUCAGUAAUGCAGUUCACAAAAAGGACACAAUUACUUUCACUUCAUCAAAAAGUCGAUAGUGCCUUUUUGUACUAAAUACAAAUAUAAAUAAAUUAACCUGAAACUCAAAAAUCAUUGAUUAACUUCUCUUUAGUGGAAAAGAGAAACUUUGUUGAUUUAUAUCGUGGUCUAUCAGUUAACGCAGGGUUAAUGUGGCUAAGUAGCAUUAAAAAAACAGCAACUACAUCCUCAUCCGAAUCAAAAAACACGACCACUAAUUCCCUCCUAUUCUGGUUUUCUUUCAGACUGACUAGAAAUGUAGUUUAGGGCUUUCAUGUUUGUCCAUUCUAUGCAGAGAAAAAGACCCUCGACUAAAUGCACAGUUUAUUGUGUCACUGUGUAAUAUACACUGUAUGACCUGUUGUGUGUUUGCUAACUCUUCAAAGUGUAAAAAAUAUAUUUUAUAUGAAUGUUUAAGAUCAGAUUUGUAUUUAGUGCCUGUAUUAAAUCGAAGUUUAACAGCA